AUGCAGACUGCUGAAAGGCUCUUUGCUGUGGAGACCUCCAGGGGAUGUCUCGUGGAAAUGAUGUGCCUGAUAGUUUUCGCCAUGGCAGUACUUAAAAGUAACGAACCAUUUGGUGAUUGUUUCAAGGGGAAAUUGAUGAAUAUACCCUUGAAUAGGAAGAUUGAGGAAGCUGAAGGGCUUCUGGAGCAGGCAGUGGACAGGGGAUUGGUUUAUAAUGCUCUGAUGAGGGGACUCUGCAAGAAGAUGAGGUUCUCUAGUGCAAGGGAUCUUCUUGCAGAGAUGCUCAGCCACAAUAUUGCCCUCGACCAAUAUGUUUACGCCUCUUUGAUCGAUGGGUCCAUAAGAAAUGAAAAUUUUGAUGAAGCAAAGGACCUCUUUGAGUCCUCGAUCAUCAAAUCUGAGGGCCCUGUGUCGUCGGGUACAAUGCCAUGA